UUGGUUACAGCGUGGCGGUGGCGGUACGAUUAGCUCAAUCCCCUCUUUAGCGACUGAUCAAGAAUUGGCAGAUUUGCUUGAUUUCGAUAGUUAAUUUCAAUGUGCGACAUGUCAUUGUCUUAUUGGGAUUUAAAAAGAAUAAAAGCUUUUUUUGAUUUUUUUUCUUUAAUGACUUCACUCAAAAGUAGCAGCAGUCAUAGCAGUAAUAGUCGAUCACCCUCAUUGAACACAAAAUCGACCACAAAUACCUUUUUGUAUAAUUCAUCUUUACCAGCACUCUCAAUCACUAAUAAGCCAUCGAAUGGAGCAUCACUUUACCAUACAUGUCGCUCUGUACUAGAGAAGCUAUCUCUUGUACCAAAUAUAGAAUACUAUAUUGAUUACACAACAGAUGAUGAUACAACACCUUCAAACAAGUUAUGGACUAUCUGUAGAAGACGCUUUCCUUUGACUGCCUUAUUUAAUGCGUCGGAUCCUCAAGAGCCCUUAUCAGUCGAUCCAUCUUGUACUCAAAUUAAUGAAUGUAAAAAGAGCAUCUACCAUUUUAUUGUUGCUUGCAAAAAUCAAUUGGGUAUUCGUGAAGAUGAUUUAUUCACUUUGUCCGACUUGUACAAGGAUAAUACCAAUAGAUUCGUUAAAGUUGUGAGCGCCAUUGAUAUCAUCUUACAAAUUCUAGAAGAAUGAGGCGUCAUCACAUCCAUCAAUCACAAUAGAAACUCAUUCAAUGAACCAAAAAGUGCAAGGGAUAAAGUCGUACUUGAAUUAUUAAAAACUGAAAGAAAAUAUGUUCAAAGCUUGGAGAUAUUACAGGCAAGUAUGGAUGAUGAUAAGAAAAGCAACAAGUAACUUACUUUAUUUACAGAAUUAUAAACGUGAAUUACAGCUACAAAAAAUUUUACAGAAAGCUUUGCCCGCAGCCAUCUGCCUCUUCACUGCAUGGUCUCAGAGUAGAUGAACCA